UUGUACAUGGAUUUUGUCAUGAGAUGUGCCAAUCAUGAGAUCAGGAGCCAAUUUCCAGAGGCAGGAGCAUGUGCCGAAUUUGUCAUACCAAAUGAAGUGUCCCCCAGAGGACUCCGUACUGGAACAUCACAUGGGGUGUUCAGAAUCCUGGAGCUCAUGUACGCGGAUGAUGUGGUCGUGUUUUCCCAGAGCUUAGAUGAGCUUGAGAGGAUCGUAACAAUAUACGAUAACACCUUCUCAAGGUUUGGACUCCAGAUGUCCUAUAAAAAGACGGAAACAAUGGCGUUCAAUGUGGACGAAGUCAUCCAGUCGCAAACAAGUCUACUGUCUAUCAACAAUGUGGAGAUAAAGAAUGUGAGGCAAUUCCGAUAUCUUGGUCAUCUCAUCAGCAACACUGGGAAGUCAUCAAAGUUCCUACACCACCGAAUUGCAUCAGCAUACGAGAAAUGGAACGAGCUAAAACAUGUGCUGACCGACCGUGAGAUACAUCUCAACACUCGCAUGAAAAUCCUGAUUGCGUGUGUACGGUCCCGACUACUGUAUAGUGUACAGGCAUGGGAACUUUCUAGCAACGAGCUCCAGAAGUUAAAUACUGUGUGGAAUGGUUUCCUACGUAAGAUGAUAGCUGGCGGCUAUGCACGCAAGAAUGUUCCUCCACAAAACCUAAGAAAAAAGGGGACUGACCCAGCAAACCUUGUCGAUGGCGAAAUAGAUUGGGCGUUUAAGAUCUCGAACAGUAAGCUGUAUGCACUGACCCAAUCACAACCAAUUGAAAACUUCUGCCAUGUACAGUCCUUGAGAUACGUAGCCCAUAUAUGCCGAAUGCCGAAUGAUGCAAUUCAGAAGAAAGUACUGUUUGACAAACGAAGGUCGUGGAGAAAAAUAGAAGAAACACUUGGGGUCAGCAAACAACAGGCCCUUAAGACAAUGAUGAUCAAGAAAGACUUCGAGCGGAUGUUGGAGAUCAGGUUUCCGCCGCUCUCCAAGCAGCCGCGCCCUAGGGCCGAUCGCGUGCCAGAUGGGAAACACUGAUGAUGAUGAGGUCCAGAUGGAGUGUCGACUACUGAAGGCCUGCGUGCGAGAACUGGGUCACCCCCUUCAGCACAUCUUCAACCUGAGCUUGGGACUGGGGAGGGUUCCCCAGCAGUGGAAGACAUCAUGCAUCAUUCCAGUCCCAAAGAAACCCCAUCCUAGAGAGAUGAACGACUUCAGACCUGUAGCCCUGACGUCGCACGUGAUGAAGACCAUGGAAAGACUGCUGCUUCAUCACCUCAGGCCACAGACCUGCCACGCCCAUGACCCCCUACAGUUUGCUUACCGAGAAAAGGUGGGAGUGGAAGAUGCCAUCGUCUGCCUGCUUCAACGAUCUCUCCCUCACCUGGACAGAGGCAACGGUGCCGUGAGAGUUACAUUUUUGGAUUUCUCCAGCACCUUUAUACGGAAGCCUGGAAGGGACAUGGAGGAGAAAAAAAACAACUUAAGUAUACUUUUGCGUUAUCUCGCAAAGUCAGUGCGAUCUCGCGUUUUUUGUGUGGUCUUGUGUUGUUUAUGUCACAUGCUUCCGGGUCAGGCCAAAUCAAAACAAUGGAGCCUUCACACCAGUGGGGAAGAUUUAUUUUGAGAUUGGCCUCAAAUACAAACAUAUAUGUCUAGUCCUAGACAGAAGACAUGGUCAUCAGAUAAGCGAGAGGCAUCUGAAAAGAGUACUAAGCGAAAGGGGACACGCUCGUAUUGAUGGUUUUUCGAGGAAAAUAGUCUGGCUCAAUGCCUACACAACAAGCAGUGACCCAAAGUUGAUUGGAGGAUAUUACAUGGAAGCAGUACAGCGUUUAAAGGGCCGCCCGAGAGUUGUGAGAUCUUGGAACUGAAAAUGGCUAUGUUCGAGGCUUUCAGCGUUUCCUUGUCUCGACUCACCAAGAUGACACCCUUGAUAGUUAUUUGGAGGGAGCUAGCACUGCUAAUCAAAGAAUUGAAUAUUGGUGAGGUUUUCUUCUAAGACAAUGCAUGGAGUUCUGGAUAUCCCUGUUUGCAGACCUCAGAGACAACAGACUCUUUGAUGGUGGAUUUCUGGACAAAAACCUCCUUCAGUUUUGCUGCAUAAGACUCAUCCAGGAUGAAAUGGAUGACACUGCACAGGUUUGGGAUGCACACACAAUCAGACCAUUAAGAAACGUGACAGUCCCCACUGGUCAGCCCAAUGUGAUGUAUGCAUUGCCUGAACUGUACCAGACAAGAGACUUUCUUUCUCCUGUUGAAGAUGAACAUGUUCAACUGUGCAAACAUGAGUGUGUCUUUCGGCUGGCUAUACCAUGCAAUAAAGAUGUUUAUGAACUAUGCAAUAUCUUUAUGGCUGAGUCCCAUCUGACUCCACCAACAGAUCCUUAUCAGGCUGUGAACUUGUACAUCCACCUAAGGGAGGCCAUCAGUGCGUCUCUGUAAAUCAGAUGUACAGUGUCCAGUAAGCACUGUGUUUAGUUGUGUUCAGUGACAGCAGCUGGUUCCACAAAUAUUUCCCUCAUUUGUCCUUCAUUGUCAUUUCUCCUUUUCUUAAAAACUAUAUUACAAUAUAAUGCAAUGCAGUUCCCACUCCCUUCUUUAAGCAUCAGUCUCAUUAAGAUAUGUUAUGUAUG